AUGGAGAAGUAUAUACUUUCACAACAUCCAAAGUUAAAUCCCGUCUUGACAAGCAAUAAGGUUUACAUUGUUGACUCAAUCAAAUCUGGAACAGGUCGUGCUGAUGAUAACUUAUACAGCAAGAUCAUAAAACCAUUAUUCCAAUUGUUGAAGAUUGGCUAUGAAUACUACGCAACCACUUCAGCAGCGUCUAUAGUUGAAUUUGCCCGUAGCUUGAGCAAGAUAGAAGAAGACUUGACUAUUAUCUUUAUCAGUGGCGAUACUUCCAUUAAUGAAUUCAUAAAUGGACUCCCCGAGGCCAAAGCCAACCAGAAUAUCACAGUAUUCCCUAUUCCAGGGGGAACAGGUAAUAGUCUUGCUCUAUCUGUAAACUUAACCCUGCAGAUAGAGGCGGUAGCUAAAUUGGUAACCUCAUCCAAUCAACCAGCGCCAUUGUACCUAUAUGAAGUUGAUUUCCCCACUGGUUCAUACCAUUUAGUGCAAGACGAAAAGAAGGAUGAAAUUCAAGGUAAAUUAAAGUUUCUUGUUGUUGUUUCAUGGGGGUUCCAUGCUUCAUUAGUGGCGGAUAGCGAUACUCCAGAAUUGCGCAAAUUUGGACUUCAAAGAUUUCAAAUUGCUGCCAUGAAUAAUCUAAAGCAAGAGCAAAAGUAUGAAGGUGAUUGCUACAUAAACAAUAGGAAAAUCUCGGGCCCGUUUGCAUAUUGGUUGGUCACAUCGUCGCAGAGGUUUGAACCUACGUUUGAAAUUUCACCCAAGGGAAAUAUCUUUGAAGAGAGCUUGUACUUGGUUACCUUUAAUACCCAAGAGGACAAAGAAGGAAAUGGAGACUAUAUAAUGAAAGUAAUGAAGGACGUGUACAACAAAGGUGCUCAUGCUGAAGACCCAAACGUAACUUAUGAAAAACUCAAACAAGGAGACGAAAUUACAUUGAAGACUACAAAUACAGAACCAAUUAGAAACCGAAGAUUUUGUGUUGACGGAAGUAUAAUUGCCUUGCCGGAACAAGAUCGCCAUGAAAUCAAAAUAGCCAUAUCAAAUAAUGUACAUAAAAACUGGAACUUAUAUAUAUUGCACUAG